UCCGAAUUUCACUACAAACCCACACAUAAAAUAAUCCUCUCUUCCAAGUUCCUACAUCCAAAAUUGCCUUGCAAGAAAAUGGCGAUUUCUGUUCAGACUGCUCUCUCGUUCAAAUCCCUCAUCAUCCCCGAACCCAUCAAACCUCAUAACUACCACCACUCGGAGCCCCACCUCCGAACCCAGAAACCCAUCUCGGCCGUCCAUGCCGCCGACCCUUCAAAGUCCUCCGAAUCACCCUUCAAACCACAGCCCAAAUGGACGCUGGACAGCUGGACGGCGAAGAAGGCGAUGCAGCUUCCUGAAUACCCAGAUCAGCAGGAGCUGCAGUCGGUUCUCAACACCCUCGAGAGCUACCCGCCGAUUGUGUUCGCCGGAGAGGCGAGGAGCUUGGAAGAGAAACUGGGUCAGGCUGCUAAGGGGCAGGCCUUCCUUCUUCAGGGCGGUGAUUGCGCAGAGAGCUUCCAGGAAUUCAAUGCUAACAAUAUAAGGGACACCUUCCGUGUGCUUCUUCAGAUGGGUGUGGUGCUUAUGUUUGGUGGCCAAAUGCCUGUUAUUAAGGUAGGGAGAAUGGCUGGCCAGUUCGCAAAGCCAAGAUCAGAUCAAUUUGAAGAGAAAAAUGGUGUCAAGCUGCCUAGUUACAGAGGUGACAAUAUCAAUGGUGAUGCAUUUGAUGAAAAAGAAAGAAUUCCGGACCCCAGCAGGAUGAUUAGGGCUUAUUGCCAAUCUGUGGCAACUUUGAACCUCCUGCGGGCAUUUUCAACUGGAGGGUAUGCAGCCAUGCAGAGAGUCACCCACUGGAAUUUGGAUUUUACAGAGCAUAGCGAGCAAGGGGAUAGAUACCGCGAGUUGGCUAACCGGGUGGAUGAGGUCCUUGGAUUUAUGGCUGCUGUUGGACUCACAGUUGACCACCCAAUCAUGACCUCAACAGAGUUUUGGACAUCUCAUGAAUGCUUGCUUCUGCCUUAUGAACAAGCACUUACUAGGGAGGAUUCUACUUCUGGGCUUUACUAUGACUGUUCUGCUCACAUGCUUUGGGUUGGGGAACGCACCCGUCAACUCGAUGGUGCACAUGUGGAGUUUCUGAGAGGAGUUGCUAAUCCCCUUGGCAUCAAGGUGAGUGAUAAAAUGGAUCCACAUGAACUUGUUAGGCUCAUAGAGAUCCUAAACCCCAAGAACAAACCAGGAAGAAUAACCAUAAUUGUGAGAAUGGGAGCUGACAACAUGAGAGUGAAGCUUCCUCAUCUGAUCAGGGCAGUUCGUGGAGCUGGUCAAAUUGUCACUUGGGUUAGUGACCCUAUGCAUGGGAACACUAUCAAAGCUCCGUGUGGACUCAAAACUCGUUCCUUCGAUGCAAUACGGGCUGAGUUGAGAGCGUUCUUUGAUGUCCAUGAUCAAGAAGGAAGCUACCCAGGAGGUGCUCAUUUAGAGAUGACAGGGCAAAACGUGACGGAAUGUGUAGGAGGUUCACGAACUAUAACGUAUAAUGAUCUGAGUUCACGGUACCACACCCAUUGUGACCCAAGGCUCAACGCUUCCCAAUCUCUUGAACUGGCCUUUAUCAUUGCAGAGCGACUACGGAAGAGAAGGCUUGGAUCGAGGCACUUUUCAGCCUCUGCUGUUAUAUAGGAGGUUCUGGUUUGUUUCUUACUUGAAUGUAUAUUUAAUGUAUAUUUGUUAGAAAACCAUGGGGAGGUGUAUGUAUUAACAGUGUAAGAUAAAUAACGCAUCGGAAAAUACACGAUGAAAGGUUCGGUUGGAAA